UUGAAGUCAGACGAUCCACUCAGACUUGUUUCUCAAAGAUUGUCCUAGUAUCCUACACCUUACGUAAUGUCAUCAACUCCGACGUCGACAAAGAUCCUCCUCCUUGGCGCCGGCGAACUCGGCACCGCUUUCCUCUACUCCCUCACCGCCCUCUCGAACAUCCACAUCACAAUCGGCGUCCGCAACCCCACCAAAUAUGCCCACUUUAAGUGCGUCAACGUUGAUCUAACCCAACUCGACACGACCGCUGCAUCAGGCCACCUAGCAGAAACUUUCUCCCACUAUGAUAUUCUUAUCAGCGCCACCGGCUUUGGCCAGCCCCCUGGAACCGUAACUAAACUCGCCAAAGAAGCCCUGCUCGCUGGGAAACUCAAGUUCUCCCGUAACGAAUGCAAGUUGUGGUUUUUUCCCUGGCAGUGGGGCGUAGACUACGACAUCACUGGCGAUGGUCAAGGCCUCAUGCCACUCUUCGGCGAACAAGUCGCCGUCCGCAAUAUUUUACGGCAGGAAGCUGAAGAUAGCAACGUCAAGUGGACAAUUGUAUCAACUGGAAUAUUCAUGUCAUUUCUAUUCGACCCAGUCUGGGAAUUGAUAGACGAAAGUCAAGAAAAAGACGGCAAGUUAAAGGUGCGGUGCCUGGGGAGUUGGCAGCACAAAGUUACUGUCACCGAUGUCCAUGAUAUCGGACGUGUGCUGGCAAAGAUCAUCGCAGGAGAUGUGGAAGCAGAGGAUCGGGUACUAUAUAUUGCCGGCGAUACUGUAAGUUACGGAGAUUUGGCGGGUAUUGUUGAGAAGGUGUCUGGAAAAGAAGUCGAGAGAGAGGAGUGGACUAUCCCAUGUCUAGAGGAAGUGUUAAGCAAGGAUACAGAGGAUGGGAUUAAGAGAUAUAGACUUGUUUUUGCGAGAAAGGGAGUUUGGUGGGGUAAGGAGGAGACGGUGAAUGCGAAGUUGGGAAUGAAUAUGCUACAGGUAGAGUCGUAUGCUCGAGAGUUGUUCAUCAGACAAGAAUAGAACACUCAUUUGAUCUGGCACCAAUCACUUCAUUAUAUCUGGGUUACUCC